CUUCUCGUUUUGCGUUGCGACCAACCCCCCCCGCUCCUCCCUUCUCCGGCGUCGCCGUCUUCGCCGAAAUCACGCCACCUCUGUCUCCAACAAUCCUCACUCCUUCCCUCCAAUGCAUCUCCAUCCUAGUCUACCAAGUUCUCGCUCUCGCUCUCGCUCUUGCUCCCGCUCCAAUCCUGCUCUAGGGUUAGGUCUGCCAUAGGAGCUUCAAUCGUCGCAAAUCUUGGAACAAACCAAUCCAUACACCUCGUUGAGGUGUGUCUCUCUUUCUCUCCUUCCUGCCGCUGGUGCCUCGUUCGUCGGAUCGAAGAGAUUCCAUUUCUGAAUUGAGGGCUUUGCCAAUCCAGGAUUCACUGUCUUCAUCGGGAACACGUUUUGCGUUAGGAAACAACGCAGUAGAAUUUCGAUGGUGUGUUAUUAUCAAGGAAUUUGGAGGCAUUGAAAUGAAUCUUUGGGCGGAUAUUGUCCUGAAUGGCAGGAGGAGCAAGGGGAGAUUGGUUGGAUGAAUUAUAUCAUUAUUCGUAUUUGGAGGUUCUGCAAUCUAUGUUGGCUCACAACCCAGACCAAAUGAUAGGGCUUAGUGAUAAACUAGGUCUUCCACAGCCUGAUAUGCCGCUGAAAUGCGAAGCUGUUGUUGUUAGGCCGCUUUUCAGGCAUUUGUAGAUUUGAAGCAGGCAUUUGCAAUCAUGUAUGUCGCUUACGGAUGGCCCAAAUUGCUUUCCAUCGGCACCAGCUCGCCUCAGCCUGUGGUGCACCUAUCGGUGCAAGCAGGUUGGCUGUUGCUAGUGACCUCCACACAAGUCCAAGUGUGGAGUGCCGACCAGCACACAACAAAGUUGGGUCAAUUCAAGCGGGAACUGCAAUCUCGUGAGGGCGCAAAUAUUCACGCCCUAUGGAGUGAAAAAGGCAACACUGUAGCUGUCUUGACAUCCGAAAGUUAUCUUCACUUCUACCACAUCAAAGCAUCUGAAAAGCAGUUGCGGUCGUCUGUCCAUGACAAUUUAGAGCUUACCCUCGUCAAUGUGAUCUUCUCAAGUAGCGUGGAUGUUGCGUUAUACAACCGCUCAGUGACAGUGAGUUGCAUUGCAGGUGAUGUGUUCAACAUCAUACUUGGACUUUCGAAUAAUUGCCUUCGGAUUGUUUCUUGGAGUGGCGAGGUGCUUGGGGUCUCGGAUGUUCUGCAAGAUUUUGUGCCAGCUUCUGAAGCAAUUCACUCAUUUGAGGCGAACAGGGCUGCAGUUUCUCCAAGUGGUGGUCUUGUCCAUCAGUCCUCUUUUCCACUAUCGCCUCGUCUUCCACUUUCACCAGUAUCAGUUGGAGAUGACACAAAGAUACCCAAAAGGACAAGUGGACUGUUUCAACUUUUAGUUUCGGCUGAGUUACGUCUCUUAGUAGCAAUUUUUACGGAAGGAACUGUUGCUCUCUGUAAUGUCAGUGGAAAAGGUUCUAAACAAGGCACUGAAAUAACACCGGAACGGUGGAUUGGCGUCUUCGACGCUGUGUGUGCAUCUAUUGCUCACGAUCAGCAAUAUCUUGCAGUUGGAACCAAGCGGGGAAGUGUGGAGCUUUUUAACUUGGCAGAUUCUGCAUCGUAUCUUCGUACAAUUUCCUUGGUCGACUGGGGGUAUGCUGUAGAAGACACUGGUCCAGUGUCCCAGGUCAUUUGGACUCCAGACAACCGUGCGUUUGCCGUUGGAUGGAAGAACAGAGGUUUAGCAGUAUGGUCUGCCUCUGGAUGCAGGCUUAUGUGCACGAUCCGGCAAGGUAGCCUGAGCAAUUCACAGUCGCCGUCUCUUCGAGUUAAUAGCGACAGAUCCAUGAGUGAGCCUAUGGUACAGGGUGUGGGUGCAUUGGCCUGGGGUCAUCACGCAUACGAGCUUUAUGCUGUUGAGAGGGGUAGUACGCUGCGGUUUUUUGAAUUCCGUUUCGCCAAAAGUUCCUCGAGUCAAAAUAUUGCUGGAAUUACCGAUGUGUGGCAGUUAAUGCAUGGGGCAGAUCGUGUAUUGCUCGUUCAGUCUGACGAGAACAAUGAUGUCAAGAGUCACCAUCUUGUCAUACCUCAUUCAUAUAUUCUGGACAAUUGGCCGAUUCUUCAAGUUGCAGGCAACGAAGAUGGGACUUAUCUUGCCAUUGCUGGUCGCCAAGGCCUAAUUCUUCAUGAUGUGCAGGUGAAGAAGUGGAGAGUAUUUGGAGAUGUGCUGCAGGAACGGCAGGUGCACUGUGUUGGUGUUGUUUGGUUGGGAAAAAUAGUGGUCCUUUGCAACCAUCGGAAGAUUUCAAACUCGUAUGAAUUGUGUCUUUAUCCACGGUACCAUCUAGACGAGACCUCUUUACUAUAUCGCAAGCAGCUCCCAGGGAAACCGAUAGCACUGGAUGUGUGGCAAGAUUACAUUCUUGUUACUUGUCCUCCAUUUGAUAUUUAUGUUUUCAAAGUACAUGUUCAGGGCGAGCUAUCUCCUUUGAGGUCUGCAACAGUUCAACUCUUUACAGUUCGGGAGCUGUCAAUCAUGAGCAGUAGAAAAUCUCCGGUGGCAAUGCACUUUGUUCCGAACGUUGGACCUUGGAGUGAAGGUAUGGCUAAUUCGUGGGAUAGUCCUCGUGUUGGCACUAACGUUUAUCAUGGCAGCGAAUUACCUGGCGAAGCUGCUAAGCAACCUACCAGGUGUAUGAUUCUCCGCACAGAUGGAGAGCUUUCGUUGCUGGACUUGGAUCAUGGCAACGAGCGUCGGCUUCUUUCUGGAGUGGAACGUUUCUGGUUAAGUAAUGAGCAGGCAAAAGUAGAAGCUGAUCCGGUCAAAGAGGAUCCAUGCUGGGCUUAUGGUCCUCAAGGGAUGCAGGUCUGGUACCCCUCGUCGACUUCAAACGUUGUCCAAAGUCCAAGUGUGAGACAGUUGGAGCCCGAAUUAGAUUUUGAUCGCGAAGUUUAUCCUCUUGGUUUAUCUCCGGCAGCAGGAAUUAUUGUGGGAAUUUCACAGCGACUGACUCUUUCAGGCUGUAUUCUCAUGCCCUGCUUUGAGCCUACCCCACAAGCUCAACCCAUUCUUCCUUGUUUGCUUUGGCAUCUGCUGCAGCGGAACAAGUCAGAGGAUGCACUGCAACUGGCAAAGUUAUCAGAAGGAUUACCACACUUUUCACAUUCUUUGGAGUGGCUUUUAUUCACGGUUUUUGAUGCAGCAAUGUCAAGCCAGUCGACCAAUAAAAGAAGAGGAAGGAAUAUUGCAGUGAAGCGAACAAUCUUUUUACUUCUACAACAAGUUUGCAACUUGAUACAUAACUUUCAAGAGUAUUUGGAUGUUUUGGUCAGCGUUGCACGUAAGACUGACAGCCGGCACUGGCCUGAGCUUUUCGCUGUAGCUGGUAAUUCAAUCAAGUUGUUUGAAGAGUGCUUGGAGAAGGGUUUAUAUCGGACAGCCACAUGCUACAUACUGGUGAUUGAAAAGCUGGAAGGUCCGACCAUAAGCCAGCACAAUGCCAUUCGAUUACUUAAAGCCACACUUGAAGUGUCUAUGUAUGAGUUGGUUGGUGAGCUGGUGCGAUUUCUGCUCCGAUGUGGUCGGGAGGACGAGGCGCAAGAGAAAGAGGUCCCACGUUAUGGCAACGGACUCAUUUCGUCUUUGUUGGGGUUGACCAUCAGCACACCUUGGGUUGAGAAGGAACAAAACUUUGCAGUCGUAAAGAGGACUCUUGAAGAACACGCCAGUUUCUUGAUGAGAAAGUUGGAGCUGCGAGACCUGGUGGCGUUCGUUAAAGCCACUCAGUUUGAUUUCACUGCGUUCCUUUAUACAGAACGGGGCAAAGCAGCUCGUUUGGACGACUUUGCUUCUUCAUUGUUAAUCGUUGGCCAAAAACUGAACAUGGACGAAUUAGAGGGUCGUCAAGAUGCAGAAUUUUUGUUGACACAUAUGUGCUCUGUUGGCUUCCAAGAAUGGACAGUGGUCCUUGCUACUCUUCUUCGAAGAGUGGAGGUUCUUCUUGAAACUUUUCAUGGGGAUUCACGGCUAUGGCAGGCUUACAGUCAUACUUUGCAGGGUUCACCAAUGUUUGCGGAGGAGUAUAAGGAUCUCCUUGCUGCACUUGAACUUGAAAUGUCGAUCACGAAUUCAUAACAUUAUCUAUUGGGGUUGGAGUGUCAACGAAGUAGAGACUUUCUGAUAAAACGAUGUAUGACACCCGCUGCCUAAAGCUACAGCUGGAGGACUAUUCCUCGUUUGACAAUUCUGUAUACAUAUUGUGCUGUUCCAUCAUCCUAGCCAGGCUUUGCCAAUGUCAACUAUCCAGUUGUAUAUAUGUGGCUGGGUCAACAUUCGGAACCAAAGCCAUCGGUGAUAGUGAUGAGACAGUAUUGUCACCUUUAGAUUGUGGUAUUCAUUUUAAGUCAGCAAAUUGCUGUGCAUGCAUAAGCUUUAUGAGCAGUAAUUCGUAGCGUUGAGCUUGUACCAAAUUUUUAUCGCGUCAUACUACAGCACUGCAAUCUGUAUUAACAUUUUCAGCGUCACCCAGAUUGUCUUUGAUCUCAUUUAGUUACAUUGGUUAUUGCUGAAACAGUACGAAAACGAACACAUGCCGUUCUUCAAGGUGUGCAUAAAUGAAAGGUACAUUUUAACGAAUUACCUCACUAACUUCGGCUUUUGCUAGAGAAAAAGCUCUGGUCCAGACGCUUAGGGAUGUAUUAUGGCGGUCUCUGCAAUGCAAGCAAAUUCUGAAAGCCCUGUUUUCCUCA